CUCAUUUCAGUUCCACAGAGAUACAGCUCUGAUCAGCUAUGGCGUCGAAGAAGCAAGGACGGAGCUUCCCGUCGAUCACGCGGUGCGACACCAGUGAGAAUGUAUCGUACGAGUCCAUCGCGGCGGAUCUCGACGGUACUUUGCUGAUAUCACGUAGCUCGUUUCCUUACUUCAUGCUGAUUGCUAUCGAAGCCGGCAGCCUCCUCCGAGGCCUUGUGCUUCUUCUUUCUCUUCCGCUCAUUAUCAUCUCCUACCUCUUCGUCUCUGAAGCCCUCGGCAUCCAGAUCCUCAUCUUCAUCUCCUUCGCCGGCCUCAAAGUCCGCGACAUCGAGCUCGCCUCACGCGCCGUCCUCCCCAGGUUUUACGCGGCGGAUGUGAGGGCGGAGAGUUUCGAGGUGUUUGACAAGUGUAAGAGGAAGGUGGUGGUGACGGCGAACCCGACGCUGAUGGUGGAGCCGUUUGUGAAGGAUUUCCUCGGUGGAGAUAAGGUGCUAGGCACGGAGAUCGAGGUGAACCCGAAGACGAAGAAGGCGACUGGUUUUGUGAAGAAGCCAGGGGUUUUGGUCGGGAAGUGGAAGCGUGCGGCUAUUGAGAAAGAGUUCGGUAGUGAAGUGCCGGAUAUUGGGAUCGGAGAUCGGAGCUCCGAUCACGACUUCAUGGCUCUUUGCAAGGAGGGCUACAUGGUUCCCCCAAGCAAAUCAGCUCGCCCAAUCCCAUCAGACCGCCUAAAAAAUCCGAUCAUCUUCCACGACGGCCGCCUCGUUCAGCGGCCUGAUCCACUCAACGCCAUCAUUACCUAUCUCUGGCUCCCAUUCGCAUUCGUUCUCUGCAUAAUGCGCGUCUACAUCAACCUCCCCCUCCCUGAACGCAUCGUUCCUUACACCUAUGCUAUGCUCGGCAUCAAGCUUAAAAUCCGCGGAAACCGCCCUCCACCACCUUCCCCAGGGACACCAGGAAACCUCUACGUCUGCAACCACCGCACCGCCAUUGACCCCAUUAUCAUCGCCAUUGCCCUAGGCCGCAAAGUCUCCUGUGUCUCCUAUAGUGUCAGCCGUCUCUCUCGCUUCCUCUCCCCCAUUCCCACCAUCGCUCUCUCCCGUGACCGCGCCGCUGACGCUGCUCGCCUUACCGCCCUUCUCCAGAAGGGCGACCUCGUCGUGUGUCCGGAAGGAACUACUUGCCGGGAGCCAUUCCUGCUUCGUUUCAGUGCUUUGUUUGCUGAAAUGAGUGACAGGAUCGUCCCGGUAGCAAUGGACUGCAAGCAGAGCAUGUUCUAUGGCACCACUGUGAGAGGUGUUAAGUUUUGGGACCCCUACUUUUUCUUCAUGAACCCGAGGCCGACUUACGAGGCCACCUUUCUGGACCGGCUGCCGGAAGAAAUGUCAUGCAAGGCGGGGAAGUCAGCGAUCGAGGUUGCAAACUACGUGCAGAAGGUGCUGAGUGAUGUUCUGGGGUUCGAGCGCACCGCGUUGACUAGGAAAGACAAGUACUUGUUGCUGGGAGGAAAUGACGGAAAGGUGGAGUCCAUGUACAACGCGAAGAAGUGAAUGCAAGGGUUGUUAAGGUCAUUUUGAGUUGGUAGGAGGAAGAGGGUGGUCUGCUAAAUGCUACUAGGUAGAUUUAGUGAAUGGAAGCUCUACUCGAUUUAGUGAAGCUCACUGUUGGUGUUCCAGGCGGUUAUAUUGUUCCAAGUGUAGAUGAAUUCAAUGUUCAGAAUUUGCAUAAUGAGAUUGAUUCAAUCAGCUUGACAUUAAAACUAUUUCUUGUUGGAAACUUUUUAUGGAAAAUUUGUAAUAAUUUUAACUAUAUCUUAGCAU